AUGGCGCGUGACAAUCACUUUCCUAUUGAAGGUAGGUACACUUUGUAUCCCUUGGUCGUUUCGUCUGUCCAAACAAUGACGACAGUGGGUCACGAAACACAGACACUUGGACCCGAACACCACACUGUCCCAGAGGGUUGGCGCUUGACCAGUCAAUAUCUCGAUACGUACGUGGCGUACUUAGCUGCGUCUUCCACAAACUUAGCGGCAAUCCUGCAUAAAACACCAUGUACCGAGCCUGAGGAUUGUGCGGUGCAUCCGCUUCACUUUCCCGUUUGCAGCUUGGUUACGCUUGGUGGGCCACUCCGUUUUUUUGCAAAAGAGAUUUUCGCAGUAGUUUGA